AUUUGAUUUUAUCUUUUGUCACGUCUAAAAUACAAAAUGGAAGAGUAGUUAUUUCCAAACCUUUUUGGGUGUUAAAUUUACAUGUUUUCCACAAAACAUGUGUUAUUUUCUUUAGUUUCCAAAAACGAUAUUAAAAAAACGGACCCACAUUAUCAGUUUUGCUUUAUUAUAUAAUAAGAACCGUGCUCUUCUAGUCUAUUCAUAUCUUGCUCACCACUUUUCUGCAAACUCUCUUUCUCUCUCUCUCGCCUCUCCGGUCUCCUUGCUCUUUUAGAAUCUGAAUAAAAAUAACGACCAUAGUUGUUAAUUACUACUAGGAAACUAAGUAACUGUUUCUUCAACCUUUUGUUGCAUGGAUGGAUCCUCAACAGGAAAUGUCAAAUGAAACAUUGGAAACCAUAUUGGUAAGCUCAACAAAAGGAAGCAAUUAUAAAAACAUUAAAAAAAUGGAAGAGGAAAUGAAGAAGAAGCAAGGAAAAGGAGAACUAGAAGGUGAAGCACAAAAAUGUCCAAGAUGUGAAUCUCCAAACACAAAGUUUUGUUACUACAACAACUAUAGUCUUUCUCAACCUCGUUACUUCUGCAAAUCUUGUCGGAGAUAUUGGACUAAAGGUGGUACUCUCCGUAACGUCCCCGUUGGUGGUGGUUGCCGUCGAAACAAACGAUCUUCUUCAUCUUUCUCCAAGAACAUCAAUAAGCCUAUCAAUUUCCACAACGAUCCACUUCACAAUCCUUUUACGGGAAUGCCAUCCUCCUUUGGUUAUGACUCCAUUGAUCUCAACCUCGCUUUCGCUGCACUUCAUAAACAUCCCCCUUCUCAAGUUACACCUUCUUUUGGGUUUGGAGGUGAUGUUUCUAUUUAUGGAAACUCGACAAACACACACUCUGGUGUUCUAGGAAACGGGUUGAACUUUGGAGAGCAAAACGGUAAUUUCAACGGUGGUAGUUUGUGGUAUGGUUUCAUGUCCGGAAAUGAAAGUGAAAACAAGACAACUUCGGCUUUGGGGAUUCCUCUGGAGGGAAACGAGACAAAGCAAGAGAAUGUGAACAACAACAACAAUAUCUUAGGGAAUCCAAGCAAGGUUUUAUUGGGAUUUCCAUGGCAAAUAACCGGGAAUUCAGCUGGCGGUGUACCGGAGACUGAUCCGGGAAGGGAAAGCUGGAAUGGGUUGGUUUCAUCUUGGAGUAGUGGUUUACUUAACACUCCUUUGGUCUAGUUCAAGAUGUCUAAUAAAGUAAUAAUAUUUCUAUAUAUUGAAGUUUAUGUGAUCACAUGUUUGUACACCACUGUCACUAUAUGGGGGAUGUUUGGUUUUUCAAUUUCUAGGGUUUCUAUCGCUUUUAGUUUCCCACUUUUCUUUGAGCCAAAAGACCAAAUAGUUCUUUUUAUGAAAAUGGUUCCUUCUUUCAUGUUUUAAUUUGUAAUUUAACUGUGGCUUGGCUGGUUUCAAUUAAUUGUUAUCGUUUAUUUUCUUUUGAUAAUUUCGUUUAUUAUCUAUGAGGGAUACAUUUUUUUUACUUUCUUGUACUCUCAUUUUAUGAUAUGAUAGUAGCUUGUUAGCAUGUUUCAAAAAAUGAAAAAAACUUGUUAUCUAAGAUGAUGGGUCAUCGGUUAGUAUUCGCUCACAAUCUACCACAAUUUCUUCUACGUAUCAUUAAUACCAACUCUUGUUAUACACUUAUGAUUAGUGUUGGAUAUGCAUCUAUUGAUAGAAAUGUAUAUGUUGGCAUAUAUGUAGUCUUAAGGAAUUUUUGUUCAUAGCACAGACAAUAAAAAGGUCAAGUUUCAAAAAAAAGAAAAAAAAAAGGUCGAACUAAAGUCUGAUAUAGUUCGAUUAGGUUAACAUGUCCAUCGACAUUCCGCUGGUUUAUGUCAGAGAAAAAAAAACAUUGGAUUUUGAAAUGUGAGUGGUGAGUUUCAAGAUAUUCUGUCAUGAUUGCUUCCCAUUUUCCAGGUAGAUAUUUGGACACUAACCAAUUAAUUUUAUUAUUUUGUAUGCAAAUUGGUACGAGUAUACGUUAAUUAUUAUUAACUGAUUUGAAUAUAAUUGGUUGAUGAUGAAGGGCCAUACUGGAGGGUUUUUAUAAUCCUUUCACGAAUUUCUUUUUUUUUUCAUAAAAACUCUCUCACGAAUUUAUUGUAUAGAAUCAAAUCUAACACACAGAUUUGAGCGUGACAACCUAGGGCACUUAUAUUUAACAAGUCUACUACAUGAAUGCAGUAAACUAUAGUAUUUUCUUAGUUUGAAUUAUACAUUCUCUGUAGGGUCCAAAUAAAAUAAAAUUUAUUAACAUAACAAUUGUAAGAAAUCCAUGAGUUUGAAAUUUGUACGGUGGAAAAAGUCUCGAAAUUUUGGAUUUGUAGGUUGUUGCCUCCCGACAAAAGGAUAAAAAUUGGUACGAGGAAGAGAGCCGUAUAUUUGUUUCAUUUUAAACUUUAGUAGCAAAUUGGAUAGUCAAAUUGUUGUUUUUUCUUAUUUACAUUCCUAGCAACAGCAAAAAAAUUUGUUGGUUUUCAUUUUCUUGUCAAGAUUGUCAAAUACUCAAAUUGUUGGUUUUGCAUGUCUAAGAGCAUCUAAAAAAAACUCUAUAUUUUAGAGUUUCCAAAAUUCCAUAUUUGAAGUUUCAAGGUGUUGUUCUCUAAAAAUAAAAUUUCAAAUUUAAUUUCAAAAUUAUUUGUAAUUUACAAUAGGAUCCUUAUAUUUAUCAUAAUUAAUAUAAAUCCAUAAAACUUUUAUAAAUAACUAGCACAUCUAUAAAAAUAUUACAAUAAUAUUAAUAAAUAAAAUCUUAUGCUAAAAUAUAAAAUUAUAAAUAAAAAUAAUUAAUUAAAUAUUAAAAUACAAAAAAAUACCAAAUUAUUCCAUAAAAUAAUUUUCGUAAUGCCCUAUCUUCGAUUACAUAAAAAAAUUUUGGACAAUAUUUUAGAGGUUCCGGAGCAAAUUCACUAGACCACUAGUUUUGUUGUAUUAUUUAAAUUUGCGUGGUAAUUAUGUUUUCAUGUAUCUUUUUAAAAUGUUUUUUAUUAAGUUUCUUUUGUAAUAUUCUUAUUGUCUAAUUCUAGUUUUAAAAUAUUAUAAAUUUUAUUUUAAUUUUUUUAAAAUUUUUAUGUGUAAAAUUUGAAUUUAUAAAAUUAAAUUUAAAAUAUUUAUGAUAUACAAAAGUUUUAAAGAAUAAAAUGAUAAAUGAAAAAAUACUUAAGAAUCAUAAAUGUGAUGUAUAAUUAAUUAUAAGGACCAAAAUGCAAAUAAAAGAUAAAACUUAAAAUUUAGAAUUUUGAGUAAUGAAACUUUAAAUAUGAAAUUUCACUCCUUAAAACUGUAAAUUUGAAGUUUUGAAGUUUCUUUUUAGAGAGCAAAAAAUUAUAUAUUUGAAAUUAUAAAGUUUCUUUUUGAGAUACUCUAACUCUAAAUGGAUGUUUUAUUUUGUCAAUGGUUAAAACAAUUUAUGAGCUGAAAUCAUUACCUAAGACAAUUCAGCUAUUCAAACCAGUGUAAUAUAGUUAAUCAACAUAAACAAAUUUUGAAGAAAUAUAAUGAACAUUGCAUGUCAAUUUAUCUGUUUUUGAACUUUUUGCACGUGGAAUAAGUUUAAUAACAAAAAUGUUUAUAAGCCUCUUGCAUAUAUAAUUUUUUUUUUCUUCUGAAAGUGAUGAAAAAAUAGACUACUCUGUUAAUGACUAAGCAGUACACAGAGAAUUUUUGUGAAUUAAGAGAAACAAAAUAAUUAGAGAGCUAGACAUCAAAUUUUGGAUUAAGGACAAUAUAUGAUCAUAAAUAUAGUUUGAAAAUACGAAUUUUCAGAAAAUUACUAUCACAAAUAUGGGGUGAUUGGUUGGGCUUUAUCUCCAUAUUUUAGCUUUAUUUAUUUUUAAAUCACUAAAUUUUACCAAUCAUGCUUUAGCUUUACUUUUAAAAAUUAAAGUCUACAUCAAGUUUUUAUUUAAUUUUACCAAUCAUGCUUUAGCUUUAUUUUUAAAACUACAGCAAAAAAAAAUAAAGCAAAACUUUUUACUAUGCAUUUUAGGCAAAAAUGCUACAUCAUAUUUUUAUAGGCUGUAGAAUCUAUAAAAUGUAAAAAAAGAUAUCUAUAAUAUCAAAUAAAUUAUAUAAUCAUAAUAAAAA